AGUCACGGGGCGGCGUGCGGCGGCCGGCGGGGGCGUGGCCGGCGGGGCGCGCGCCGCGCUACGAGGCCGUGGUUGGCCAGUACGAGUCACGUGUUGCCGGGCAGCAGGCGGCGCGCGCCGGUGCGACGUCAACACAGCCCGCUGAGCUCCGGACCUGUGUACCGCGGCCCGGCCGCGGCUGAGUCCUUCCAGGACCCGGGUUGGGCGGUUUGCUGAAUACCUCUGCGGCCGCCAUGGACAAUUCCGGGAAGGAGGCGGAGGCGAUGGCGCUGUUGGCCGAGGCGGAGCGCAAAGUGAAGAACUCACAGUCCUUCUUCUCCGGCCUCUUUGGAGGCUCAUCCAAAAUAGAGGAAGCAUGUGAAAUCUACGCCCGAGCAGCAAACAUGUUCAAAAUGGCCAAAAACUGGAGUGCUGCGGGAAACGCUUUCUGCCAGGCAGCCCAGCUGCACCUGCAGCUCCAGAGCAAGCAUGACGCCGCCACCUCCUUUGUGGACGCCGGCAACGCAUUCAAGAAAGCCGACCCCCAAGAGGCCAUUAACUGUUUGAUGAGAGCGAUUGAGAUCUACACAGACAUGGGCCGAUUCACCAUCGCAGCCAAGCACCACAUCUCCAUCGCCGAGAUCUACGAGACGGAGCUGGUGGACAUCGAGAAGGCCAUCGCGCACUACGAGCAGUCUGCAGACUACUACAAGGGCGAGGAGUCCAACAGCUCAGCCAACAAGUGUCUGCUGAAGGUGGCUGGCUACGCCGCACAGCUGGAGCAGUAUCAGAAGGCCAUUGACAUCUAUGAACAGGUGGGGACCAAUGCCAUGGACAGCCCCCUCCUCAAGUACAGCGCCAAGGACUACUUCUUCAAGGCAGCCCUCUGCCACUUCUGCAUCGACAUGCUCAACGCCAAGCUGGCCGUCCAGAAGUACGAGGAGCUGUUUCCAGCCUUCUCUGAUUCCCGGGAAUGCAAGCUGAUGAAAAAGUUGCUAGAAGCCCAUGAGGAGCAGAAUGUGGACAGCUACACUGAGUCGGUGAAAGAGUACGACUCCAUCUCCCGGCUGGACCAGUGGCUCACCACCAUGCUGCUGCGCAUCAAGAAGACGAUCCAGGGUGACGAGGAGGACCUGCGCUAAGCCCCCGCCCCGGCGCCUGUCUUCCUGUCGCGUCUGCUUAGAGAGAGGUGGGGCCUGAGACUGGCUGCGAGACCUUCCCUCCCUUUCCCCACCCCGGGAGUCUUGCGGGUCACAGCAGGCAGGCGGCAGCAGGGCUCAGCACCACUGCAGGGGCACCAGAGGCCAGGGCCUGCUGGCCGGACAGUCACCCUCUGUUCUCGCUAUAUCCCUCACCCCCUACCAUUUAUUUAAGUCCCCAAAGGUACCCUUCACCCCAAAAAACUAGCUGUACAGAAUCUUUGAUACAGACCUAUUUGCUGUGGGUGCUGCCGGGGUUUGGGGUGGCAUCUGGGCCCCCAUCUCCUGACCAGCUGAGUCGUGAGGCUGGUUUCUCUCUCCCACUUUUGUCCCCCAGCCGAGCUCUGAGCACAUGUAGCCGCUGAGACUUGCUCUCACUCACCGCUGGGUGUGGGCCCCUUCUGCCCCCAGCCUCCUGCAGCCCUGACCUCUCAGGUUAGACCCUGGGCCCCGGAGCUCAGGGUGUUGCCCCCACCCCGACCCCCCACGCCUGCUCCUUCCCUAACGCUUUGAGGUUUUGUCAGUCGGAAGCUGCAGCUGACCCAAGAAAGAAAAUAAAAAACAACACUUUUGCAUGA